CGGAGAUAUAGGACUGUCAAGAAUAUUUAGAUAAUUAAAGUAUAAUACGUUGAGUUAAAAAGGAUAGUACAACAAGUAUUCACUAAAUGACGAUAUGAACAAUUCUGAUGAAAAUCAUGAAAAAUACUAUUUAUUACACAAGAUUAUCAAAGGUAAUAUUUCUUUUCAUUCUUCGUUUACUUCGAUAACAACAUCAUCGCCAACAGUGCCGUCAACAUUACUAUAUACCACAAAUUCUUCUUCAUCUACAGUAUCCACAUCAAUUGGAUGUCCAAUAAUAUCGAGUUUAAAACAAUUUGAAAUUUUAUAUUCAACAAUACAUGCAUAUUUAGCUUGUACAGUGUGUUUAUUUGGCACAGGAACAAAUUUCUUAAAUUCCAUUAUAUUAACACAAGAACAAAUGCGUAAUCCAACAAAUGCUUUAUUAACUGGUAUAGCAAUUGUAGAUAGUUUAACAAUGUUAGCUUAUGGUUCACAAGUUAUCUAUUUACACUUUCUUACAUCACCAUAUCCUGAACAAUAUCCACACAGUCAAUUGGCUGUAUAUUUAAUCUUAUUAAAUCAUGCAAUCAGUAUAGGCAGUCAUACAAUAUCAACAUGUUUAUUAGUCCAAUUAGCAGCAUUUCGUUGUUGGGUAUUAUAUUCCAGUAAAUUAAAAUAUCUAUUAAGUUUACAUCAUAAUUCAGCAUGGAUAAUGAUUAAUUCACAAAAACGUUUUAUCCUUUAUUGUUAUGUUAGUGCAGGAAUUAUAGGCUGUAUAUUAUGUAUGCCAACAUUUAUUUUAUAUCAGUGUGAAUUAAUUGAUGUGAUAAAUUCGCCAACAAAUUAUAAUAAUAUUACUGGAAAUACAAUGAAUAUAAAAAAUCAUAAUGAUAGUAGUAAUAAUAUUAUGAUUACUGAUCAGUAUUUCUAUUGGUUCAAACUACGUCAUGGUGGUCAACUAUUAGAACGUUUACAUUUCAUUGUAUAUGGAUGUUUUGUAAAAAUUUUAGCAUCAAUACUUAUUGUGAUAUUCACUGUAUUCAUAUUAAUGGUAUUACAUGAUGCAAGGCAACGUUAUCGAAAAUUGCAAACAUUACCAAUUGAAAUGAAAUUAGAUCAUAGUAAUAUUACAAAUAAUACUAUUAACUAUAGAAUCAUUAAUAAUAAUAAUAAUGUGACAUUGACAAGAAGGAUAUCCAGUAAUCUAUUGCGUACAAUCACACGUACUAAUACUUCAGAUUGUAAUGUACCGACAAAAAAUUCCGAGCCUGUCAACAGUAAUUGCAUUCAUCAAACAAGUACUAAUGUUACUACUGUUAUUACUACUAAAAGCAAUAGUAAUCUAAUGUCAACAUUACCAUUAACUACCACUAAAAAUCCAUUAUCCUUUCGAUUAUAUUCUAUAACUCCAAGUAAUGAGAUGAGAAGUAGAGAAUUUGAUAAUGGUGACAACAAUCAUAAUAAUAAUAAUAAUAAUAAUGAUAAUAAUACUCAUAAUAAUAGAAAUGCAAUGACAAAUAAUCGUCGUCAUUCAAGUCGUUUGCUUCAAAAAUCCCGUGAAAGUCAACGUAUCACUAUUAUGCUUAUCAUAGUAGUAAUAAGUUUUGUCAUUACUGAAGCACCACAAGGUUUAUUCAAUACACUUGUUGCUAUUAAAGGAGAAUGUUUUCUACAUACAAUCUAUUUACCAUUAGGUGAUUUAUUAGAUUUAUUAGUUUUAUUAAAUUCAUCAAUUAAUUUCAUUCUGUAUUGUGCUAUGUCACAAGUGUUUCGAGUGAAUUUUGUGAAUUUAUUAAAGAAAUUCUAUUGUACUUGUUGUGA